ACGGCUUCCGGCACCCCCACGGACCUGCCGGGCCCCGCCGCGCGCUGGGGGCACCCCGAGGCCACCGGGCCCUCCCCACACGGGCUGCACUGGCUGGAAGGAGCUCGUCGGCGCUCGGGCUUCUCCAGGUGCGGCAGCAGCGACGGGAAGGAGACCAACGCCAGACACUUCUCACAGCCCUCGGCUGCGCCGCAGCCCUGCCGCCGCCGCUCCUCCCCAGACGUGCUGGUUCUUGGCGGGAAAAGACCCUUCCCUUGCUGUGGGAAUCUGCCCAGAAGAGGCCAAAUACUCACCUCCAUCAACUCCUCACUGGAUGUGGUCUCACCAAAGCCUCCCGAGACGCGGUUGCAUUGCAGGAACUCAUCUUCUGCUUCUCCUCUCCAGAAGCAGCCCUGCCAAGACCGAUCUCCACCAGUUGCUCCUCAGACCGGGCCUCGUCAGCUCGUCCCCAGACGUGGUUCCAGCAGGGCCUCAUCUCCAUCGGCUCCUCAUCAGAAGUGGUUCCACCAGCUCCUCACCUCCAUCAGCUCAUCUCCAUCAGCUCCUCCCCAGAAGUGGUUGCGCUGCAGGAAACUCACUCAUUUUCUGCUGCUCCUGCCCCAAAAGCUGUCCCACCAGGAUUUAUCUCCGUCAUUCCCUCCUUCAACACCCUCUGUGUUGUCUCCCCGCAGCUGGCAGGGGCCAUGGAGGCAUGGCGGCAAUGUGCCCACUGGCUCGUGGCGGCUCGGGUCCUCCCCGCAGGACACCGGGCGAGCAGCCCUGGGGGGCAAGUGUGGGACCUGGCGCAGGCACUGCGGGACGGGGUGCUGCUCUGCCAUCUCCUCAACGCCCUCCUGCCCUGCGCCGUGCCCCCCCGCGACAUCUGUCCCCGGCCCCAGAUGUCACAGUUCCUGUGCCUGAGGAACAUCCGCACCUUCCUGACCGCCUGCGCCGACAAGUUCGGGCUCCCGAAGCACCGUCUCUUCGGAGCCUUUGACCUCUUUGACGUCCAAGAUUUCGGCAAGGUGAUUGACACCCUCUCAACACUCUCCUGGACCCCCAUCGCCCAGAGCAAAGGCUUCACGCCUUUCCCUACCGAGGACUGUGUUGGGGACGACGACAUCUACAGCGGCCUCUCUGACCUCAUCGACGACACGGCUGAGGAGGACGACGACCUCUACGACUGCGUUGAAGCUGAAGGGGACGACGGUGACGACAUCUACGAAGACCUGAUGAGGGUGGAAGCCCCCUCGGCUAUGAAGGUGGAGGUGGACCGGAGGCUCUGCUGCCUCCAGGAGCUGAGACAGACAGAGGAGAGGUACACCGAGACCCUGGAGGCCAUCUGCCAGCACUUCCUGCGUCCGCUGCGGCACUUUCUGCAGCCCCAAGACCUGGAGAAUAUCUUCAUCAACAUCGAGGAGCUGUUGCAGCUGCACCGGCUGUUCCUGGGGGAGCUGCGGGGGGCACUGGGAGGAGGGGGGGGGGCGGGGCUGCCCCCCCUUUUCCUUGCCUACAAGGAGAGGUUCCUCCUGUACGGCCGCUACUGCAGCCAGGUGGAAACGGCCGCCCGGCGCCUCGACCAGCUCUCCACCAACACCGACCUCCGCAUGAAGCUGCAGGAGUGCUCCCAACGAGCCAACAACGGCCGCUUCUCCCUCCGGGACCUCCUGAUGGUGCCGAUGCAGCGCGUGCUCAAGUACCACCUCCUGCUCCAGGAACUGGUGAAGCUGACCCCAGAACCGACUGAGAGGGAAAGGCUGCGGGUGGCCCUGGAUGCUAUGAAAGACCUGGCACAGUGUGUGAAUGAGGUCAAAAGGGACAACGAGACCCUGAAACAGCUCACGAGCAUCCAGCUCUGCCUCCACAACAUGCCACAGUCCCUGGCACAGUUUGGGCGCCCCAAGAUCGAUGGAGAGCUGAAGGUCUGCAGCACCGAGCGACGCUCCAAGGUGGACAGGUACGGUUUCCUCCUGGACAAGGCCCUGAUCAUCUGCAAGCGCCGUGGGGACUCCUACGAGGCCAAGGACAUCGUGGACCUGCAGAGCCACCAACUGCGGGACGGUGGCCUCGGCCCCCGUGACGGCAAGAAGUGGACUCACACUUUUGUGCUCAUCGACACGGCCGGGCUGCAAGGCUACGAGCUCUUCUUCAAGACCCGUGAGCUGAAGAAGAAGUGGCUGGAGCAGUUUGAGAUGGCCCUCUCCAACAUCUUCCCUGAGCAUGCCCUGGCUGAUGGGCACGACUUCCAGAUGUUCUCCUUCGAGGACACCACGUCCUGCAGAGCCUGCCAUAUGCUGCUGAGGGGCACCUUCUACCAGGGCUACCGCUGCAGCCGGUGCCGGGCCCCGGCGCACAAGGAGUGUCUGGGACGGAUGGGGACCUGCGGCAAAGGCAGCGCCGAUUCAGGCUCUGGCACCAGGAAGAACAAGUCUCAGCGUGCGGGCCCUGAUAAGAAGCGAGGAGACCUGGGGCUGCCCAAGAUGGAGGCGAGUCAGUCCUACGGUGGCAUCCCCCCGCCCCCGGGGGGGCUGGGCCCUGCCCUGCGCCUCAGCCCCGGCGACGUCCUGGAGGUCACUGUGGCCGAGGCCGAGCAGCUCUGGUGGCAGGGCAGGAAUGUGGUCAACGGUGACCUGGGCUGGUUCCCCUGUGCUGCCGUGCGACCCUUCAUCUGCGUGCCACUGCCAGAUCUCUCCGUCUACCCCUGGUAUGCUGGCCCCAUGGAGCGGGGGGAAGCCGAGCAGCUCCUGGCACCUCGCUCCGAUGGCGCGUUCCUGGUGCGGCAGCGGGUGAAGGACGCCGGCGAGUUCGCCAUCAGCAUCAAGUACCACGGGGAGGUGAAGCACAUCAAGGUGAUGACAGCGGAGGGGCUCUACCGCGUCACGGAGAAGAAGGCGUUCAAGGGGCUGGUGGAGCUGGUGGAGUUCUACCAGCGCAACUCGCUCAAGGAUUGUUUCAAAGCCCUUGACACGGCGCUCGUGGUGCCCUUCAAGGAGCCCGAGAGCCGGGCGAGUCCCCGGCCACCUGGAGCCGUGCGCAGCUUUGGCUCGGCCAAGGCCCGUUACGACUUCUGCGCGCGGGACCGGACGGAGCUGACGCUGCGCGAGGGCGACAUCGUCCGUGUGCUCAGCAAGAAGGGGCACCCCGGCUGGUGGAAGGGGGAGAUCUACGGACGGGUUGGGUGGUUCCCCGCAAACUACGUGGAGGAGGAUUACUCGGAGUACUGCUGACUGCGGACCCCCACAUCUCACCCCCGGCCUCCUGCCCCAUCACCCCUGGCCGCCUCCCAGAGGCCACAGCCCCCUCGCUCCCCAAUAAGUUAAUUUAUGCCUCUUCCUGCCCGAGAGGGACAAUAAAUGAGGGACAAGGCUGA